AUGAGGAUUGUUCGAUCCACACUUGUGGUUAUUCUGGUCAUUCUCACGGUGGGCUUCUGUGUCGAAGCUAAAACUACACCAAAGCCUAAAUACCAGUACACCAAAAAGCCAGCUCCACAGGUGACCAUGCCCAGUCCUGUCACUACCAGCAAGCCCAAGACCCUGAAAAUAGUAGUGACUCCCAGCCCUCCACCAGCCCACCCACCACCUAUCAUGGAGGGGACGGCCUAUCCCGGCCAUGCUUAUCCUCCGGACUAUAACAGUCACACUGAGAUCCCCGGGGCGGCCCCAGACAACUACACGAUGGACUAUAAUGAAUGCUACUUUAACUUCUGUGAGUGUUGUCCCCCUGAACCUGGUCCUAGAGGGCCAAAGGGAGAACAAGGCUUGACAGGUGCACAAGGGGAGCGGGGACUUGGAGGGUCACCUGGUUUACCAGGACCACCUGGAAUAAGCGGUCCCAUCGGCCUUAAGGGAGACAAAGGGGAUAAAGGUGACAGAGGGAACAGUGGUCCAGCAGGGUCACCUGGGAGUCUAGGGAAACCAGGACAAAAAGGUGAGGUUGGCUCGAAAGGUGAAAAGGGUAACGUUGGACUACAGGGGGUCAAAGGUGAAGUUGGUGCAAAAGGUGAGCCAGGUAUAAAUGGGACAGCGGGAGAAAAAGGCGAGCCAGGCAAAGAGGGUCCUCCGGCACCUGUUGGCCCUGGGCUUAAAGGAGAGAAAGGAGACAAAGGUGAAUGUGGCACAUUUGGAGAAAGAGGUCCUAAAGGUGAAAAGGGUGACGCAGGACCUGCUGGGGUUCACGGUCCCAUGGGCAUCCCGGGAACCAAUGGUAAGCAUGGUAUCCCUGGUCCUGUCGGAGUCAGAGGGGAUCCAGGAAUUCCUGGACCCAAGGGUGAACCAGGGUUAAGAGGUCCCCAGGGUCCCCCGGGGAUGAGGUUUCCUGGACCCAAGGGUGACAGGGGUUAUCCUGGCAUGAGAGGGGAGCGAGGCAUGAGAGGUUUUAAAGGAGCAAAAGGCACUAGUAUUGUCCUGAGACGGUCAGCCUUCAGUGUGGGCAUCUCUCCUAGAAAGUCCUUCCCUCCCUCUGGAUUCCCUAUUCGCUUUGACAAAGUCUUUUACAAUGAGGACAACCAUUUCAACAUCACCACUAACAGCUUCACAUGUGUCUACGCUGGGGUGUAUGUGUUCUCUUUCCACAUCACUGUCCGUAAUCAGCCUUUGAGGGCCACACUGGUGGUGAAUGGCUCUCGGAGAGUACGGAUCCGGGACUCCCUGUAUGGGCAGGACAUUGACCAGGCCUCGACUCUGGUGGUUCUGCAACUAAAUGAGGGGGACCAGGUGUGGGUGGAGACGCUUAGAGACUGGAAUGGGGUCUAUGCUAGCACUGAGGAUGACAGCAUCUUCUCUGGAUUCCUGCUUUACCCUAACAGUGUCUGA